AUGUCUGAUAAAGAGGACACCCCGCUCACAGACACGGGAUUUGAUAGCGAUGCUCGCAAGAGAAAGUCCAAGUCACCCUCGACUUUUGCAUCGUCUGAAUCGAAGAGAGUCAAAUCAGAGCUCGAUGAUCUUGACUCUGACGAUAUCGCCAAACAAUAUAAAAGAUUCCUCAACUCCCCAAAGUUCAAUCUCAACUCGGAAGAAUUGUUUUGUAUAUGUCGUAAACCCGAUCAUGGCUCCCUCAUGAUAUCUUGUGAUGGCUGUGAAGAAUGGUUCCACACGAAAUGCAUGAAAAUAGACAACCAACACCUGGGCCUACUAGAUCGCUUCUAUUGUAAGUUUUGUCAUUGGAAGGGGAAGGGAGUUACGAGAUGGAACCGUAAAUGUCGCCGGCCACUUUGUUGGAAAGCUGCACGGACAAAAGAGGAGUCUAAGUACUGUUCUGAUGAGUGUGGAAAGUCAUUUUUGCGCCUGAAACUCACUGGCUCGCUGCAUUUCUCAAAGGAGGAUAUAAAUUUUGUGAUACAUUACUGUGAUACACACGCCAAUCUAGAACAGUUGGGGUUGAAGUUUCCAGAACUCGAGGUUGUGGCCAACCAGGACCUUGACAAAUUGCCUCCUCUGGUGAAGGACUCGAUCGAAGAGAACGAUUUGCAACAAACUAAGUUGCGUGCCGAAAUUGACAUCUUGCUGAAAAAGAGGGACUAUGUGUUACUCAUCAAGAAGAGAAACGAAACCAUCAACGAGAUGUUAACUGAGUUGGUAGGGGAUAAUCAGGAGACAGAGAAGUCCAAAAAGGGUAAAAAGAAACUGACAAGGCCCAAAAAGAUUGAUCUCUGUUGUUUCGAUAAGAAUGUCAGCAAGGAUAUUGAUGAUCCAAAGAGUGUACCUGACUUGGCUGGCGCUGCCUCCCAGACCAGUCCGUCAGUGUACAAUUUAUUCAAGGAGGAAAUUGAUGGCGUGUUGCUGGCAUACCAAGCGGAAGAUCACUCCAACAAUAGUAUCUGCUUGCAAGACAGGAGAAAGUGUCUUCGCCACAAUGGCUGGUACAGUUUACUUCAGGACAAAACAUGGAAGAAGCUGAACGAACUCAAGGCAUCUUUAGAAACGCUCAAACUUGCAAGAGAAAAUGCAUUGCGCGAGUACAGCAUAUCGAUCUACGAGCAGGACGAAAAUACCCAAGAGAGACCGACUCCCGAGCUCUUAGCACAACCAAUUGAGGGCCAAAAUUAA